ACAUAUUGUCACGUGAUAAUUUACCAGCUGUAACAUAUCACAUGAUCUCGUCCAUCAACAGCAAAGUCAAAGAACGAGGAAAGCCAGUUAGCAGUCUUAAACUUGAAAUUGAAGCUCCAAAUACGUGAUAACAAUACAGGCUUGAGAGUUCAAGCUUAGCUACAGUUCCAACUACCAUCUAUACCACAGCUUCAAAUGUGCACCAAUUAUUUAAAAGCGUAGCACUGAUGUGAUGAUGAUUCUAAUGGCUGGUUCUUAUGAAGAAUGUUGAAUAUUUGGACCUGAACUGGACCUGAACAUUGUUGAAUCGGAAGUUGGGAACUAAAACAUGGAUUGCAUCGCUGUCAAGAAGGCUGCCAGGGACUAUUGCUCGGUGAAGAGCUGGAAGAAUCGUUUCCCGAUCACAAAAUGGCUCCCAGGGUAUUCUUGCGGUUUCUUGGUCAGUGAUAUUCUUGCUGGAUUGACGGUUGGAUUGAUGGUCAUCCCGCAGAGCUUAGCGUAUGCCAGUGUGGCCAAGCUUCCAAUCCAGUACGGCUUGUAUUCAUCCUACAUGGGCUGUUUUGUGUACUGCAUUCUGGGAGGAGCUAAAGACGUCACCAUAGGACCCACGGCCAUCAUGUCUCUUCUCGUCUCCUCCUACGGCAAACAGGAUCCCGAUCAGCAUACUGGCAUCCAUGAGCCAUCGUACGCCAUUCUACUUGCAUUCCUCUGCGGUAUUAUACAGCUGAUAAUGGGCAUAUUCCAUCUAGGAACCCUGACCGGGUUCAUAUCCGCAUCGGUGGUUGCCGGUUUCACUACAGCAUCUGCCAUCACGAUUGCAUUUGGGCAAGUUAAACACAUACUGGGUAUUCAUUUCUCAUCGGGAAGUUUCGCCGAGGAUGUUUAUAAUACCUUCAAAUACAUUCCUGAUACAAACCCAUGGGAUGUUCUUAUGGGAGUUAUUACAAUUGUUGCUCUAGUUCUACUUACACUUAUUCAAAAAGAUACUGUUACAUGGGAAAAGAAAGGUUGGCAAGAUGCUUCCAUGGCAACCAAAGUUUUAUGGAAAUUCUUAUGGUUCAUGGGAACAGCUCGCAAUGCUUUGGUUGUUGCAUGUGGUAUGUUAGUGGCUCUGGCAUUGGAGUCAUCGGGUCAUGCUGACGUCAUCACCGUGACGGGCAAUAUAAACAGUACUGGACUUCCUUCGUUCAAACUCCCAAACUUUCAUCAACCAGAUAUAUUAGGGGUUUUCAACAUUGGCAUUGCAUUAGUACCAAUUAUAGGGUACUUUGAAUCAAUUGUCAUUGGAAAGGGGUUUGCUCGUCAGAGUAACUACAAAGUUGAGCCAAACCAAGAACUUGUAGCAAUAGGUGUAUGCAACAUAGCAGGCUCCUUUGUGCAAGCAUAUCCAGUAACUGGUAGUUUUUCCAGGACUGCUGUGAAUUUCCAGAGUGGCGUCCGAACCCCCGCUGCGGGUAUCUUCACCGGUGCUGUGGUGAUGUUAGCCAUAGCAUUCCUAACGCCCCUCUUCAGGUUGAUACCGGAAGCCACCCUCGGUGCCGUCAUCAUUGUAGCUCUUAUUAAACUCAUUCAGCUUCCCAUCAUCAAGAGUUUGUGGACAAUUAGAAAGUUGGACCUUCUUCCGUAUGUAGUGACACUGCUCGCUUCGUUGGGCCUUGAUGUUGCGUAUGGAACGUUGAUCGGUAUCGGAGUGGAUCUUGUCAUCUUACUCUUCCCCGUGGCAAGACCGUCGAUCAAGAUUGAUUCAUCUCAUCAGCUCAAUGAUCUUGAGUUUUCAUCCUCAUCACAAUCACACCAAUUACAACAGGUCCGAACGGAGUCCAUUUCCGUGAUCACAGUAGACAGUAGCAUCCGUUAUCCAUCUAUAGAUUAUAUCAGCGAACAGAUCACGCAGCUGAGUUACUCUGUGGACCAUCCUACCAAGCUGGUCCUGGACUUCUACCGAGUUAACAUGAUAGACUAUACAGUGGUCCAGGGCUUGUCUGAUCUCAUGGUCGACCUGAGGAGAGCCGGAGUCAGAGCUGCUUUCGCCAAUGUCUUGCCUUCGAUCAAGGAGCAGCUGAAUAAGGGAGAUAUUUAUCAGCUUCAGAUAUACGACACGGUUCAAGACGCCAUCUGGAGUCUAGCAGAGGACGUUGGAGAGGAGAAACUUGACCGUGAAAACAGUGGCGUGAAGGCGUAGAUCAGAGACCCCAGUUUUCCAUUUUCUUCAAUGCCAGUUCCGUGAUCUUCAGGGUUCCAGGAAUCACAUUCUGUGUUUAUCUGUAACAUGUAUGAUGGGGAACCUUAAUUCUACACACUUUGUUUACAAACGGUAACAAUUAUGCCAAUUUGAAUAUUUGAACAAAUUAUCUUGCACUGAUUUGUGGUAAAUAUUCUAAAGAUCCUUUACCAAGAAGAAAAUACCACUAUUCCCCAUGAUACAAAAAUCCCGCUGUGUUUUCUGAACACCUCUUGAUUUUUGCCGCCCGAUGUACAAGGGGUCCUAUAGCUACGCACUCGAUUUAUCAUGCAAAGAAAUAGUAUUUCUCUGUGCCUCAAUUUAUAAAAUAUGUUUAUAUUAUUGUAGAAAAAUAUGAAAUUAAAGUGAAUAUAACUCUGCUGGUUUUCUCUGCACUUAGUGAUUUAUUGCAGGCUCUGUAGAAAAAUUGAAUAGGAAUCGUUAGUCACACUGCAGUCACAGUUCCGUACUUAAACACAGAGUGCGCAUUUUGCCAUUGAAAUGGCAUGCGCAAUGAGUGGUUCGUAGCUUUAGGACCCCCUUACCAUACAAAACAUGUUACAAAGCUAUUGUAAACAUAUCUGAGGAAAUCUUCAAAGUUUCCAUGCAGAUAAGGCUUGGCAAACACAUGCUAAACACUAUGAACUGGGCUCCGUCUUACAUAGAGUUACGAUUGAUCCGAUCAAUCUUAACUAUGGACGGCCAGCAACGUCAACAUCUAUUUUGCAUAUUUUUUCAAAAUAUUUCUUAGCUAUGAUGUAUAUUCAUGCAUUCAUUGUUUUUUUGAAAAUUCACUGCACUUCUCUUUGCAUACAGAGGAUAUUGUGCAAGUUUUUCGAAGAAAACAAUUAUGACACUGAUCGAUUUCCAUAGAGUUACGAUAGAUCUGAUCAAUCGUAACUCUUUGUAAGACAGGGCCCAGGUUUGAUGGGCUAUUCUCCACUUUAAUCUGCAGUUUCGUUUUAUUGUGUUUCCCCACAUUUUCGCAUUUUCAUUGACGUCUUUGCGCUGCCAUCUUAGACCCUAAAGCAAUUGUCUUGCAUGAGUUGGUGAUUUGCAGCUGCAGCAUCUCUGACAGCUCCGUUUACAGGUAUUGCUAUAUCUUCUAAGGGAGGAUGCUGUGAGAUUAUAACGUCAUAUGCACAAUGUCUCUUCAAUUUUUUUUGGCCUGGAAAUUUUUUUUUCAUGAAAUUCUGUGAGCUCUGUGAAAAUUUUCUAUUUUCGGUUUUGCGGAAAACUGGGGGGUGUGGCAUGAAAUUCUUUUGUUUAUUACUACGUGUGUGCGUUCUCCGUUUUUUCUGUCCACUCGACAAAAUUUCUUAGGCAACUGAAUUAUUACAUUGUUUUUUAUGAUUGAAAUCACACUUAAUUUGGCCAUUAUUUGACAUGUUGACAGUAAGAAUGAUUUUGAAGGUAAGAUGUCUUUCAUGAGAAUUUUUAUACACUUGUCAGUUUCGACUAGUUUGAAACUAGAUGUAUUCUAUAUAUGUACAUGUAUAAGUUUUUAGUGUUAAAAUUUGAAGAUAUUUUCAUGUCAAUUGGUGUAUGUGGGAAUCAAAUUGAGCCUGAAUCUUUUUAUUCCUUUUUUUUUGUUUUCCAUUUAAUAAUAAUUAUGAUGAUGAUAAUAUGCAACAUUUAUACAGUGCUUAAUGCAAUGUUUCUAAGCACUGCAUACUAAUAGCACUCAUGGUAUAAUAUUAUUACUUAAAUAUUAAUUAUGACUUGCCUUUCCCCCUUUUAUGUGUUCAAUAAUCAUACGAUUAUUAAAUAUUGACAGGCCUUGAGGAGAACAUCAAAUGUGUUGCCCGCACCAGAAUCAUAUUGGCCCAAGUCUUUAGACGAGGGCAAUAUGUUUCUUUAAAGGGCAAUAUAUUUGAUGUUUCCCGAAAGAAGAAUCAGUCAAUAUUAUUACUGUUACCUACAGCUGUAUUAUAUGUUUCAAGCUAUUAUUUGGAACAAUAUAUAUGCCUGUUUACUCAGCACUACUUUUGAUGUCAGGUUAUCAACAAAAUUAGCAAAGUAAUCCUUGCUAAGCGAUUGUAACGUAAAUUGUUACCACGCAGUCGCGCAUCAUGCAUGGUGCGCACAUGCACUUGACACGUAAAAAUCUUGAGCUUGGGUGUGAUCAGCUGGGAAUGCAUAUGCACUGGUCGCGCCUAAAUUAUCUACGAUGCAUUGGUUCACAAACUUGUUCCAACCAGAUUUCGCAAAUACUGAAAUUAGCAUUCAAAUCGGCUGCUACUGCGCAAGCGCAAUAGCAGAAAUAUGGCCAAUAUUGCCCUCUGUUUUUGUACAGUAUUCCCAUGGGCAAAGCCCGAGGAAGGCAACGUGGCAAAUGUCUACCCUGUUGGUGUCGGAUCGAAAGUAGCGAGCGAAAUGUGACAUUUAUUUAUCUGCUAUAAUGCCUUGUACAGGUAAUAAUUUGGCUUAUAUUUCACAUAAAACACUAAUAGCUUUAAUAUUCAUUUUCAUAUCUGAAAUCACUAUAGAAUAUGAAAUAAACAUUUAAUUGUUUCCUCAGCCAUUAUUUUAUUGAUAUCUUUCACUAAGACAGAUAAAGACUUAGAUUUUUCAGAUUACAUAUACCGGUACUUCUAACGGAGGGGGAUAUGAUAUAUUAUUGAAAGUAAAUAAUCACAUAGAAUAACCAUUGUAUUUUUUAUACUCCAUGGCCCAUAUUUUGAAGUCUGGUUUAACCUAGGUCAUGGUCUAAUUCUGUGUCAAAUUUAUGGGAAGCUUAAAAUAAAAAAUUAUAUUUCUGUGUUUUUUCAUUUCAUCAUGUUGGUUAAAUUUCCAAUUCGUCUACUGCCAACUCAUCCACUCACCACAUGGUCUACUUUCAUAAUAGUCUUAUGCCAUUCCAUCCAUCAACAUUUCGUCUUAACAGCCAUUUGGUCCAAUCAUCACUUGGGCAAUUCCAUAGGUUGGUGGACAUGAGCUCAAUGUGUCUUUGUACAUAUAGCCCAUCUGAACCCUAACGUGAGUAACCACUUUAAAUGCACCCCUAGUAAAAACCAUUUGUUCUUUAUUUUUUGAAUUAUAUACAAAUUUGUCUCCCUAAUAUACAUGUACUUCUUUGAAAUGGAUAUAAUCAACUUUCAUAAAAGCCUUGCAUGAGGACACUUUUCACAUAUGUCCACUUUUCAUUUUAUGCAUGUCCAAAUCAUGUAACAUGAGCGACCGACACAUUUCAAAGAUUUGCCAGGAGCAUAAUGAAAUUUCCCAAGUUUUGUUUUUAUACAAAGGAUAGUCAGAGUGCGUACUAUGUUGUGAUAAAGAGAUGUUUAGUUCCUAUCAAUAAUAAUGGAGUUACAGCUCCAAGUAUGAGUCAAGGUGUCUCCAAAUGUAACGUGAGUAACCGUGGAAUAGCCCACUUCACCAUUUCGUCUUUGACCAUCUCGUCUCAGAACCAGUUGGUCUAAUAUCUAUCUCAUUUUCAUUCAUUCUGCACAACUAACAAUUAGACCAAAUGGUAUAUGGACUAAAUGGAUAUUGGACCAACUGUUUAUUAGACAAAAUGGUGAGUGGACGAAUUGGCAUGAGACCAUGUGGAUAGUGGAUGAACUGAUGGUAGACCAAGUGAUAGUAGAUGAGUUGGCAAUUGGACGAAUUGAAAAUAAACCAUUAUAUUAUGCCCAGAUGGUAAUGAAUGAUCCGAGUGAUAGACGAGUUGAUAAUCAAACCUGUACUUAUAGAGAUUGUGUCACAAUUGGCUAUCCAAAGUUAAACAACAACUUAAGAUCAAAGUUUUGAUUAAACCUGAGUGCAGAAUACGGGUCUGUGUGUGUAUUGUUGGUGAAAAGCAUCCUAAUUACCCAGAAAUUUAUUGUACAUUGAAUGAAAGAGCGUCAUUCAUCAUGUUAGUACUCAAGGCACCUCUGAUUUUAAAACAGUUUAAAUAGGUGAUUAUCUUAUAUUCAGUGUACAUUUUUCUCUUCAUGAGAAUUAAUAAAGAUUAUAUUUUGAUACUUU